UGCGGGGGACAGAUCUCUCAAAGAUCGUGCCCCAACGUCAGUACCGCCAUCCAACGGCAGCUGAGAGCUUGAGAUCUCUCCCGCGGCCCGAGCCCCGCGCUGUCCCUCUCUCUCUCUAUGUUCUUCGGUAAUCGGUAGUCAUCUUCUUCACCGAUUUUCCAUUUCGUGACCAAAUUACUCUCUCUCUCUCUCGUACUCGAAGAAUUUUCUUCCGCAGGCUUGUUUCUCCUUCUUUGCGGUCGCGGUUGGGGUUUCAGAGUCGAUUGCCAUGUCGGCGGUGAGGACAGUCAAGGUCAGCAAUGUUUCGUUUGGUGCAACUGUGCAAGACAUAAAGGAAUUCUUCUCUUUUUCUGGUGAUAUUGAAUAUGUUGAAAUUAAAAGUGAUGAUGAUGAAUGGUCUCAAGUUGCAUAUGUAACCUUUAAAGAUAAACAGGGAGCGGAAACUGCAGUUCUUCUUUCGGGUGCUACCAUUGUCGAUAUGUCGGUCAUCAUCAGCCUAGACCCGGAUUACGAGUUACCUCCAUCUGCUUCAGCUCCUCCUUUGCCAUCAUCUCCAAAACAGGCUUCGGGCACCGAAACUGCAGUUCAAAAGGCUGAAGAUGUUGUGAGUUCAAUGCUAGCUAAGAGCUUCAUCCUGGGUAAAGAUGCUUUGAAUAAAGCCAAGUCUUUGGAUGAAAAGCACCAGUUUACAUCCACUGCUACUGCCAAGGUUGCUUCCUUUGACAAGAGGAUUGGACUGAGCGAGAAGAUCAGCAUAGGCACUUCAGCUGUCAAUGAGAAGGUCAAGGAGAUGGAUCAGAAGUUCCAGGUCUCGGAGAAGACAAAGUCGGCAUUCGCCGUUGCCGAGCAGAAAGUGAGCACCGCAGGCUCGACCAUCAUGAAGAAUAGGUAUGUGCUUACAGGAACAGCAUGGGCGACUGGACUCUUCAAUAAGGCGGCCAAGGCUGCGGCCGAUGUCGGAUCAAAGACGAAGGAGAAAGUUGCAGCCGAAGAACAGAAGAACAAGAGUUUGGAGGAUGAGUUCUCCCAGGUUCAGUUUUCCGAAUCCCCAAAUGCAGCUUCGAGCGAACCAUCGUCGAAAAAACCAGCACCCGCUCAAGGAUUGAUACUAUGACUUGCAGAGAUCAAUCAUCAAUGCUUCUCUUAUUGGUAAUGGCACUUGAGUUGGAAUUCUUAAAGAGAUCAUUAAGGUUCUUAAUAUAAAGUUAAUGUUGACUGUAAAUGAUCUGUGUUUGUCCGAGGAAUUAGAGAUGAACUUCGAAACAUCUGAUAUUUCUUCAGACUCGUAUUUGUGAUAAAAUCAUGUUAUGUGCUGUAUUUAUGAAUGAACUUGGUCAGUAGCUAGUGUUUGUAGGAACUAUUUUGUUUUAUAUUGAAUAACAAAGCAAACCUAUAGGGCAAUGUGGGUAAAUAAACUA